AUGUGUUUCUACCGUGCCACCGUAUACGAGUGCAAGCACAGUGAACUCGGCAAAAAGGUUACAGUCUGCAAAUUGCAGAGGGACCUCCUCAAGUACACGGAAAGUGCUACUAGUCACACAUGCAUCGAGCGCCGUGUACACUCGAUGAACUGCGUCCGGAAGGCUGGAGUGUGUGACAAGUGCAAGCGUCUGGACACACUCAGAGACCGCACGGCAGAUGCGUUCAAGAGCCUACAGAACACGCUACGAAAGCGCAACGUUGUCGAUGACGAUUCUGGGGGUGAUGGCCUUAGAGCUCUCGAGACCUUUGAGGCUGUCGAGGUCCCCAAGGUUGAACUUGAUUCGGAUGAUGAUAGUACUGCAGCUCACGAGAUCUUUGAGCUUAUCCCGACUCCUAGGCUUGACAUGACCCCUGACGAGCUUGAUGACGAGGGUGCCACUCCAUCGAAGGGAGAGACCUCUGCGGCUUCUGAGGUCUCGGAAACCUCUGAAACCCAAGGUGCCUCUGAGUCUUCCCGCGAAACGGUCGAGGCUAUUGACACAACCAAGAGUAUUGUCGAAGAUGAGGCUACGGGAGAGCCGCAAGGCUCUUCUACUUGA